GGGAUAUUUUCCGCCGAGCGCGUCGCGCCCUUUGCGCCUUCUUGAAUCCUUGUCCUUUAUCAUUUUGCUAGGUCCGUGAUCGAUUAUUCGUCAAGAUGGCCGACUACGAAGAUGCCUACGAGGAUGAGUACUACGAUGAUAUGGACGAGGGGAUCACGUCGGAGGAUUGCUGGACCGUCAUCUCGUCCUUUUUCGACACCAAGGGUCUGGUUUCACAGCAGCUAGACUCUUUCGAUGAGUUCAUCUCGUCAACGAUGCAGGAGUUGGUGGAGGAACAAGGCCAAGUGACACUGGAUCAGACGCUCCCCCCCGCCGAAGAUGAAGUCGACCCGGUUGUUGUCCGCCGAUACGAGCUCAAGUUCGGAACCGUCAUGCUCUCCCGCCCCUCCGUGACGGAAGGUGAUGGUGCGACGACCAUCAUGUUGCCGCAGGAGGCUCGUCUACGUAACCUUACAUAUGCCAGUCCUCUAUACCUGGGUGUUACCAAGAAGAUUAUGGAGGGUCGGGAACGUCUGAUUGCCGACCGGGAUGAGGAUGAGAUGGGUGACCCGAGCGAGGAUCGCAAAGCUCAUGGCACCUAUCUUUCGUGGGAGCAGAAGGAACUACCCGCUGACCAAGCUAAGGAGGAGACGGUGUUCAUCGGAAAGGUGCCCAUCAUGCUCAAGUCCAAGUACUGUAUCCUUAAGGACUUGAGCGAACAGGCUCUCUACAACUGGAAUGAGUGCCCUUACGACUCGGGCGGUUACUUCAUCAUUAAUGGCAGUGAGAAGGUUCUGAUUGCCCAGGAACGCAGUGCUGGCAACACGGUCCAGGUUUUCAAGAAGGCGCCACCCAGUCCCACACCUUAUGUUGCUGAAAUUCGCAGUGCUGUCGAGAAGGGUUCGCGGCUUUUGUCACAAUUGUCUCUGAAGCUGUUCGCGAAAGGUGAUAGUGCCAAGGGUGGAUUUGGUCCCACGAUUCGGUCGACACUGCCCUACGUGAAGACCGAUAUUCCAAUUGUGGUUGUUUUCAGAGCUCUCGGAGUGGUCUCUGAUGAAGAUAUCCUGAACCACAUUUGUUAUGACCGCAACGACACACCUAUGCUGGAGAUGCUGAAGCCAUGUAUUGAAGAAGGUUUCGUCAUUCAGGACCGCGAGGUCGCACUUGACUUCAUCGCCAAGCGUGGCUCUUCCCAGUCCAGCAUGAACCACGAACGCCGUGUCCGUUAUGCUCGUGAGAUCAUGCAGAAAGAGUUCCUCCCGCAUAUCUCCCAGAGCGAAGGUAGUGAGACGCGGAAAGCCUUCUUCUUGGGUUACAUGGUGCACAGACUUCUCCAGUGUGCUCUGGGUCGCCGGGAUGUCGACGACCGUGAUCAUUUCGGUAAGAAGCGCCUGGACUUGGCCGGUCCUCUUCUUGCGAACCUUUUCCGAGUCUUGUUCACCCGCGUCACCCGCGAUCUACAGCGGUAUGUUCAGCGGUGCGUGGAGACGAACAGAGAGAUUUACCUGAACAUUGGUAUCAAGGCUAGCACCUUGACGGGAGGAUUGAAGUAUGCUCUUGCUACGGGUAACUGGGGCGAGCAGAAGAAGGCAGCUAGCUCCAAGGCCGGUGUGUCUCAAGUGCUCAGUCGUUACACUUACGCCUCCACCUUGUCCCAUCUUCGCCGAACCAAUACACCCAUCGGGCGAGACGGAAAGAUCGCCAAGCCUCGUCAGCUUCACAACACUCAUUGGGGCCUGGUGUGUCCGGCUGAAACCCCUGAAGGUCAAGCUUGUGGUUUGGUCAAGAACUUGGCUCUCAUGUGCUAUAUCACUGUCGGUACGCCCAGCGAGCCUAUCAUUGAUUUCAUGAUUCAGCGUAAUAUGGAAGUCCUCGAGGAGUUCGAACCUCAAGUGACACCGAACGCUACCAAGGUGUUUGUCAAUGGUGUCUGGGUUGGUAUCCACAGAGAUCCCGCUCACCUUGUCAACACGAUGCUUUCCCUUCGUCGCCGCAACAUGAUUUCGCACGAGGUCAGUCUGAUUCGAGACAUUCGUGAGCGGGAGUUCAAGAUUUUCACCGAUGCUGGACGUGUCUGCCGACCGCUCUACGUCAUUGACAAUGACCCGAAGAGUGAAAACUGCGGCUCUCUGGUGCUCAACAAAGAACACAUCCGCAAACUGGAACAAGAUAAAGACCUGCCUCCAGACUUGGAUCCAGAAGACCGCCGCGAUCGUUACUUCGGUUGGGAUGGCCUGGUGAAGUCUGGUGUAGUGGAGUACGUCGAUGCUGAAGAAGAAGAGACCAUCAUGAUUUCCAUGACUCCGGAAGAUCUCGAAAUUUCCAAGCAACUCCAGGCUGGUUAUGCUCUUCCGGAUGAGGAACUACACGAUCCGAACAAGCGUGUACGCUCCAUUCUGAGUCAAAAGGCGCACACUUGGACUCACUGCGAGAUCCAUCCCAGUAUGAUCCUUGGUGUUUGUGCCAGUAUCAUUCCCUUCCCAGAUCACAACCAGUCUCCCCGUAACACCUACCAGUCCGCUAUGGGUAAACAAGCCAUGGGGGUAUUUUUGACGAACUUUGACCAACGUAUGGAGACGAUGGCCAACAUCCUUUACUACCCUCAAAAGCCCCUGGCCACAACGCGGUCCAUGGAAUUCUUGCGAUUCCGUGAGCUCCCGGCUGGUCAGAACGCUAUUGUUGCUAUCGCUGUCUACUCUGGUUAUAACCAGGAAGAUUCCGUCGUAAUGAACCAGAGCAGUAUUGAUCGUGGUUUAUUCCGCAGUCUCUUCUACCGUACUUACACCGACAGCGAGAAAAUGGUGGGAUUGCAAGUCAUUGAACGCUUCGAGAAGCCGAUGAGAUCGGACACCCUCGGCAUGCGGAAGGGAACCUAUGAUAAGCUCGACGAGGACGGCAUCAUCGCCCCGGGUGUUCGUGUCUCCGGUGACGAUAUCAUCAUCGGUAAAACCGCACCUCUGGCUCCAGACGCGGAGGAGUUGGGCCAACGGACCAAGGCGCACACCAAAACGGACGCCUCCACUUCCCUCAGAAGCACGGAGAAUGGUAUCGUGGACCAGGUGUUGGUAUCUACGAGUAACGACGACCUGAAGUUCGUCAAGGUACGCAUGAGGACGACCAAGGUGCCCCAAAUUGGUGACAAGUUCGCCUCGCGUCACGGACAGAAGGGUACCAUUGGUAUCACCUAUCGUCAAGAGGAUAUGCCAUUCACGCGUGAGGGUGUGGCUCCCGACUUGAUCAUCAAUCCUCACGCCAUUCCUUCUCGUAUGACAAUUGCCCACUUGAUUGAGUGUCAGCUUAGUAAGGUUUCUGCGCUACGUGGAUUUGAGGGUGACGCCACACCAUUCACCGACGUCACGGUCGACUCAAUUUCUCGUCUUCUUCGUGAACACGGUUACCAGUCUCGUGGAUUUGAGGUGAUGUACAACGGCCACACUGGACGGAAGAUGGUGGCCCAGGUCUUCUUGGGGCCGACCUACUACCAGCGUCUGCGCCACAUGGUAGACGACAAGAUCCAUGCCCGUGCACGCGGGCCUACGCAGAUCCUGACGAGACAGCCUGUGGAGGGUCGUGCCCGUGAUGGUGGUCUUCGAUUCGGAGAAAUGGAGCGCGAUUGUAUGAUUGCGCACGGAGCCAGUGCCUUUUUGAAGGAGCGGUUGUUCGAUGUGUCCGACCCCUUCCGCGUGCAUAUCUGCGAUGACUGCGGCUUAAUGACCCCGGUUGCAAAACUCAAGAAAGGUCUGUUCGAGUGCCGACUGUGCAACAACAAGCACCGUAUUUCGCAGGUGCAUAUCCCAUAUGCAGCCAAGCUUCUGUUCCAAGAGCUGGCCUCGAUGAACAUUGCCGCUCGCAUGUUUACCAACCGGUCUGGAGUGUCCGUGCGGUGAGAGAGAACAGGGAAUACCAUCCAUGUAUAUCAGUUGA